CAUUUUCAAGGACCACAUCUUGAAAGUUUUGCUACAUUCUUCUCCACAAUCCCAGUAUUGACCGGUUGCCAUGACGACAGAGGCAGGAUCUGAGACAGAGGUGAAGAAGGAGCCGGAAAAGGCCGAAGAGGAGGCACAGCCGGCUGCUACCCAGCAGGACGAGAAUCAGAACCAAGACCAGGCCAGUGCUGACCCAAAAGACACCGAGCCAGCCGCCAGCAACCCAGAACCGGCCAGCUCGGACACCGCGGCUCAGGAGAACCAGACCUCCGACAGCAAGCCCGAAGAACCAGCAGAACCUGCCAGCCCGCCUCCUGGCUCAGGUCAGAAGAAAGAGAAAGGGAUCUCUCGGUUCCUCCCUCCAUGGCUUAAGAGGCAGAAGUCUCAGAGCCAGGUGGAACCCAAAGAGGUUGCUCCCAAAGAAGGCAGUGCAGAGCCUGUGAAAGAGGAGGUGAAGGAGGAACAGAAAGCAGAGAAAGAGGAGGAGACGUCUGCCCCCUCCCAACCUCCUGCCCCAGAACCUGAAGCUAAGGAAGUUAAGCCUGAAGUAAAGGAGACGCCAGCCGAGGAGACCCAGCCACCAAAGGAGGUCCAGGCGGAGGAAGAAAAGGAGAAGGAGGAGGAGAAGAAGUCUGUAGGCAGUGCGGACACUCAGCCUGCGAAGGAGGAGAAGGUAGAGGAGGUGGAAGAGAAAGCUAAAGAGGAAACCAAGGCGGAGGAGGAGAAGAAAGAGGAAGAACCGAACGCCAAACCGGAGACAAACAUACUGUCUCCGCUGAAACUGACCAAGAAGAUGAAGAUGGUUAUAUGUCACGUGACCUUGUUGGAUGGAAGCCAAUUUGAAUGUGAGGUGGAGAAACGAGCAAAGGGCCAGUACCUGUUUUUCAAAGUUUGUGAGCACCUGAACCUGUUGGAGAAGGACUACUUUGGACUGAGCUUCAAAGACAAUGCAGAUCAGAGGUGCUGGCUGGACCCCUUAAAGGAGAUCAAACGUCAGAUUCGCAAUUCUCAGUGGCAGUUUGCUUUCAAUGUCAAGUUUUAUCCUCCUGAUCCCUCCCAGCUGACUGAGGAUAUAACCAGGUAUCUGCUGUGCCUUCAGUUGAGACAGGACAUAGCGUCGGGCAGGCUACCAUGCUCGUUCGUCACACACGCCCUGCUGGGCUCAUACUCUCUCCAGGCCGAGCUGGGCGACUACGACCCUGAGGAGCAUCGCCUCGACUACAUCAGCGACUUCCAGUUCGCCCCCAACCAAACCAAGGAGCUGGAGGCUAAAGUGGUGGAGCUUCACAAAUCCCACAGGGGGAUGACGCCUGCCCAGGCAGAUGCCCAGUUCUUAGAGAACGCCAAGAAGCUCUCCAUGUACGGAGUAGACCUCCAUCACGCCAAGGAUUCGGAUGGUGUGGACAUUAUGUUGGGGGUGUGUGCGAACGGUCUGCUGAUCUACAAGGACCGUCUAAGGAUCAACCGUUUUGCCUGGCCAAAGAUCCUCAAGAUCUCUUACAAACGCAGCAACUUCUACAUCAAAAUCAGACCUGGGGAGACGGAACAGUUUGAGAGCACCGUGGGCUUUAAGUUGCCCAACCACCGUGCUGCCAAGAGGGUUUGGAAGGUGUGUGUGGAGCAUCACACUUUCUUCAGGUUGAUGACUCCAGACCAGCCAACCAAAGCCAAGUUCUUGACUCUGGGUUCUAAGUUCCGUUACAGUGGGCGGACCCAGGCCCAGACACGGCAGGCCAGCGCCCUCAUUGACCGACCUGCUCCGUAUUUUGAGAGAACCUCCAGCAAACGCAUCUCCCGCAGCCUAGACGGAGCUCCGGUGGUGAGUGUUAGUGAUCACUCAGCCCCUCCCCUCAGUGCUGGUGAGAAGGAGAAUGGCCAUGACCCCGCCCUUGAGCUCUCCUCUGACUCUAAGAGCAAGUUGAGAGUGCAAGGGGAAAAUAUCUAUGUCAGACAUAGCAAUUUAAUGUUGGAGGACCUGGAUAAGACUCAGGAAGAAGUUUUGAGGCAUCAGGCUAGCAUUAGCGAGUUAAAGCGCAGUUUUAUGGAGGCCACGCCCGAACCCCGUCCCAGUGUGUGGGACAAACGUCUAACGUCCAGUCCCGCCACCUCCCUACGCCUGCAGGCACAAGGGAGUGCAGAUGACAAACAGAAAUCAGAGGCGAGCGGAGUACAGGCAGUGGUUGAGGUGGAAGAAACGGUAGUCAUCGAAGAAAUCAGGAAAGCCCCCAAAGCCGCUAGCUCCGCCCCCGAGGAGUCGGUCACCGUUACCGCGGAGACGGAGAAGCCUCAGGAACCCAAGGAGGAGAAGAGGUUGAGCCGACAGACGAGCGUGUCUUCGGACAGCGAGAGCGAGGAAGAGGCGGAAUACCACCCUCACACUCCUUGCGUCAGUGUUUCCGUCGAGCAGAUCAAGGAAGAACCCGAGGACGAAGAGAAAGAGUCGGAGCAACACCAAAAGGCGCCGCCCACCGCUCCAUCUGAGCCAAUCGCGGAGGCCAAACCCGCAGAGCCCGCCCAUGUAGAGGCGGAGCAACCGCCGGUACCGGUCGCCGAGCAACCAGAAGAGGAAGGGUCUACGGAUGAAGCGCUCGCGACACCAGACGAAGCCCCCAACGGCCACACAGAAGCCUCGUCCGAUCAGGGCACGGCAAACGUGGAAGAGGAGGAGCCACGGGUUAACGGCGACGCCUCUCACGUGGAAGCGGAGCGCCUGCCGCAGGUUAUUUGUUGCUCUGAGCCCCCCGUGGUGAAGACUGAGAUGGUGACCAUCUCGGACACGUUUGCUGCUCAGAAGACGGAAAUCGCCACUAAAGAAGUCCCCAUCGUUCACACCGAGACCAAGACCAUUACGUACGAAGCUGCCCAGUUGGAUGGCAGUGGGGAUGGGGAGCCCGGUGUUCUCAUGACGGCCCAGACUAUUACCUCCGAGUCCCUGUGCACCACUACCACCACACACAUCACCAAGACACUAAAAGGAGGGCUUUCAGAAACCCGAAUCGAGAAACGCAUCGUCAUCACGGGAGACUCUGACAUCGACCACGACCAGGCAUUGGCCCAGGCCAUUAAAGAGGCCAAAGAACAGCAUCCAGACAUGUCAGUCACACGCGUGGUCGUCCACAAAGAGACGGAACUAGCGGAGGAGGGAGACGACUGAACAACAGAACUGAAGCCCACGAAGUCGACCUGUUGUUCAGAGGAAGGAAGGAGAUUCCAGUCUUAAUGGAGAAGAGAAGAGACCACUGUGGCUGAACUGAAACGUUUGUGCUUUGCACACCUCUUGUU